GUUGCAGCAGCACCGAGAACAAGGAAGCAACAUGUGCUGACCACAAUAACUCCAAAACAGCAGAACACACAGGCGCGCAGCCACGAGACAACAGACGUGGAGCCCGAGGACAAUCAAGAGACCGUUUUAAAAAGAAGAAACAUAUAGGCCUAUAAAUUUAUCGCACCAUGAAGAGAGAGGUGAAGGCUGGGGUCAGCUUCCUCAAACGCCUGGCUGUGGCACGUGGCAAGUUAAAUGCAGCUAAAGCAGAAUUGUUUGCGGAGAAGCUUCUGCAACUUCUAUGCGACAAAUACGCUGACCACUGGUACCCUGACUGUCCCAGCAAAGGCCAGGCAUACAGGUGUAUCCGGAUAAAUAACGGCUUUCCCUGUGAUGGAGUGGUUCUGAAGGCAUGUGAGGAGAGUGAGCUCACACCCAGUGAGCUAGGCCUUCCGCCUGAGAUCACACUGUGGAUCGACCCACUGGAGGUGUGUGCAAGAUCUGGAGAGAACAGCAGGCCCUUCACAAUAGCCGCUUUCGAAGAGGAGGGUGUGAAGGGAGAACAGGAUGACUCGUCGGUGGACUCAAACCUGGACACGUCGGAUUACCACUCUGCUACCUCUUCGGAUUGUGGUUCUACUGCGUCGAGCGACACGGAGGAAGAGGCAAAAUAUGGUGAGACGGAGGGAGAACAAGAAAAAGAAGAGAAGGAAGUCACCAAGACGGAAGCGGUAGAAGGCGACACCUACACGAUAGCAAUGGUGCCCAGGAUUCGGAAAAGGCACAGAGAAGGACCAAACAAGGUCAAAUACGUCAGAAAUAUGAUCCCUGCCAGCCUUCAGUACUUCUACCACCCUGCACCAGUUUGGCCUCAGUAUAAAAAGGGCGCCCCAGUGUUUCUCAACACGGUGUGCGUGCCUCCGGCACCGCCACCUCUGCCCCAGCAGGUAUUUGGCUACUACAUCUUGCCACAGUCGUCUCCGCAGUUCAUUCUGCCUCAGGCCACUCUGCAGCCGUGGGGUGCUGUGAAGGGUUAGACUGCCCAGGGAGUCUGGGGUGAAGGUGGAUCGCAUUUUAUAAGCUCCUUCUGAGCCAUGUCAUGUUGGGUCUCUGAGUUCAGCUGAACUUGGGCCAAACUUUAACUGUGUAGCUCAAAGUUGUUCCUUGCACAACCUAUAAUAAUUCCUCUUUCCUUUUCAUUUGUGGUGACUUGCAAUUGAUGGCUUUUACUCGGCACAGGGAUACCAUUGAACUUGAGUGAAAACUGUUUUUUUGUUUGUUUUUUUCUCUAAUCUGCCAGGUCUGCACUGCUUUUUUAUUUAUUUAUUUUUUUUAAAUACGUACUGUACAUGUUAAGAAUGACUUUUGUCACUGGGUACUUGGACCAACUCAGGAACUCUCAGCAAUACACUUAAAGCCAAAUAAUUGUCUAUUCAGGUGUGUUAAUAUGUCAAUCUCUUUGUCAGUUAUCUCACCAAUUAUGGUCCAUAGUGUAUAUGUCAGUUAUUAAUGUAAAUUGUGAUUCAGGGUUUUCAUCUAUUGUAGCUAGAAUUACAUUAUCUGUGUAUAUUAAGAAUAUUUUUACUAAACUCCUUGUAAAUAAUACAGAACUUGGAUACCAUAGACUGAUGCACACUUUAACCUCGCUGUCUUCUUGUUGUAAUUUAUUUGGACACCACUGGAUGGCACUCAACUCGCAGCUAAUACAUGAAAUUUUAUAUAUAUAAUUUUUUUUUUCGUAUGAACAGUGGCUGCUGUAUACAGCAAAUCUAACUUUGGACACAAACAGCUUAAACUCUGCUAUUAGUAUAAUAAGUAAUUAGUAUAUUAUAAGUGUAUAUUAUUCCUUAUUCUGUCUCUUUUUAUGACCUGCUUAAAGCUGCUAAGGUUUUUAUUGUAAAUACCUUUACUUUCUAUGAAAAUCUGCUACAGCUAUAAAGUCUGAAUACAUGUUUCACUCAUUUUUACUUUACUGUGAUCAUUUAAUUAUAUUGAUGCAUAGUUGUUGUUUUUUUUAGCAUUUAGUUAAUGUCAAUGCAACUUUGAAACUGGUAUGCUUAAGCAUUGCUUUGCUUGCAGCACAUUAAAUCAACUCAUACCUGAAAUUAUA